AUGGCAAAUUCGUUCAUCAAGCAAUAUGCAGGAGCUCCACCAAGCUACCAGGCAAAGCAGUAUGCACAAGGUCGCCCAAGCUACCCACCACAACUAUUCCAGUUCAUUGCCUCCAAGACUCCCGACCACGAUCUUGCCUGGGAUGUCGGCACCGGCACCGGCCAGGCCGCUCGAUCAUUGGCCGAGAUAUACAAGAAUGUCAUAGCGACUGAUAUGAGCCCCAAACAGCUCGAAUUCGCACCGAAACUCCCCAACAUCCGAUACCAGGAAACCUCUCCAACGAUGUCGUAUUCGGAGCUCGAGCAAAAAGUGGGAGCAGAAUCGAGUGUGGAUUUGGUGACCGUGGCUCAAGCCAUGCACUGGUUCGACCUCCCUGUGUUUUACCAACAGGUGAAAUGGAUACUCAAGAAACCUCAUGGGGUCAUCGCUGCAUGGUGCUACACCACCCCACAAGUCAACGAGUCCAUGGACAAGCUCCUUGAAUCAUUUUACGAGAACUCGUACUGGGACUCGCCACGGAAUAUGGUGGACGAUAAGUAUAAAUCGAUCGAUUUUCCGUUCGAGGCCGUUGAUGGAACGGCAAACACCGGACCAUUUGAGUUCGUGAAUGAGAGAACCAUGAGUUUGGAGGAGUAUUUUAGUUACCUGAGAUCUUGGUCGGCGUAUCAGAAGGCUAAGGAGAAGGGCGUGGAGCUUUUGAGUGAGGAGGUUCAAGACUUCAAGCGUGCAUGUGAAGAUGGGAACCAUGGCCCUAAACUGGUUAAUUUCCCCAUUUAUCUUAAAAUCGGAAAAGUAGGUAUGUGAAACAAAAGUCGCACCCUAUAACAUAAAAUCCUAAAUCGUUUCAGCAUCGAAA